AUGCUCCGACGGGAGGGGAGGGCCGAGCACGAGCGGCCUAGGAAAGUGCGGUUCCGCGUGGCGUCGUCGCACAGCGGGCGGGUGCUCCGCGAGGUGUACGACGACGGCGGGCCCCCGGGCUCCCUGGACUCGGACUGCGCCAGCAGCGGCGGGACCGAGGAGCCCGAGCAACCCGAUGGUGCGGCCGGCGAGGUGGCCGGGCCUCCGGAGAACGGCCACGGCAGCUCUGAGGACGAGCGGGACAGUCUGCUCCUCCUGGCCAGGGCCGCCACCGACGGAGGCUUCCGCACCCGCCGGGUCAACAUCCUCAGCAAGAACGGCACCGUCCGCGGCGUCAAGGACAAGGUCAGCGCUGGCCAGGCUUUAUUCAACAACCUGACCCGCGUCCUGCAGCAGCCGCCGGUGACCCUGGAGUUUGACCGGAUAGUUAUCUACACCACAUGCCUGCGCGUAGUACGGACGACCUUUGAGAGGUGUGAGCUAGUCAGAAAGAUCUUCCGGAACCACCGGGUCAAGUUCGAGGAGAAGAACAUCGCUCUCAACAGUGAAUACGGAAAGGAGCUGGACGAGCGGUGUAGAAGAGUGUCAGAGGCCCCGUCGCUACCGGUGGUGUUUAUUGAUGGCCAUUACCUGGGGGGUGCAGAGAAAAUUCUGUCCAUGAAUGAAUCUGGGGAACUCCAGGACCUCUUGACCAAGAUUGAGAGGGUGCAGCCUCCCGACGAGUGCCCCUCGUGCGGCGGGUUCGGCUUCCUGCCCUGCUCAGUGUGCCACGGGAGCAAGAUGUCCGUAUUCCGGAACUGCUUCACCGACGCCUUCAAAGCCCUCAAAUGCACGGCCUGCAAUGAGAACGGGCUGCAGCGCUGCUCCAGCUGUGCCUGCUGUGCCAGCUAGGGGUGGGGCCGCCGGGCCGGGGUGCUCGUGUUGGCGGCUGACGAUUCUUAUAUCCUUUUUUUAAAAAAACAAACCAA